AUGUCUUCAAAUGAUGGCCGCAAUCGAAGCUUCGAACACGUUAUGGAAUGUGACGACGAUAUUAGGAAACAAGCAGAACGAAAUCGUUCUGUUGAUAGCCCGUUAGGCCAUCUUGAUCCAUCCAGAAUCACCCACAUGGUUGUUGAUCAAGUCGGUCUUGGUGGUCCAGCUGUUCAUCCCGAUAGUGAUGGCUUUGUAGUUCCAGGACCACCUUAUCAGUCAUGGACGGUUGUGGUCAAGCGCAGCCGAACAUGGGUACGCCGACGAAUAUGA